AUGGGCCCACCUUCCCUGCAGCUUGGUGAUGUUCAGCUGGCUGACCAGUUCGCCUGCGCCGCAGAAGAUGGUCUCAGGCAGAUGACGGCCACCGGAAUGCGGGAGACCUUCGUGCUGCAGGCGCUGGCGGCACUUCCGACGGAGUUCCGCGAAGUCAUCUUCCCUGCCCUGGUGAAGCCCUACCUGCACAUGGGCCUGCCGCGGAGCAGCAUGAUCGCGGUGGCGCGGCAGAGCGGCGAGCGGACGGCUGUCCUAAGGUGGCUUGCCAAGUUCACCGGCAUUACGGAGUGGGAGCUGGACUGGGAAGCCAAGUAUCCGGUGUACAUCCCCGGCGAAGCCCCCGCUGCUCGCGAACGGGCUCCCGCCGAAGCACCAGUGCGGCAGCAGCGUGAGCAAGCAGAGGUCAGCGAUGCCGACAGCAGCGAUGGAGGAGUGAUCUCCGAAGGGACGGACAACGAUGAAGAGAGUGCCGAUGCGGCACGGAACGAAGAGUCGGCCAACCGCAGCCGGAUCGCACUUUAUGGGGAGAAGCCCAGGUUCCGGACUGAGGAGGGGGUAAACCGAUGA